GGAGCAUGCGACCCUGACAGUGACUACUGUAUGGGGAGGCUGCCGAGCUGGCUACAGGAGGACAGGACCGAGCUGCUGGCCAAGGACAGCCGCGGGAACGUCUACAAGUGGGGGUUCGACUCCACCAACCCCACCGCUCACGCCGCCUGGCUGGCGUUCUAUGGUCAUCAGGAGACCCCUAGCGGACGGAUUGUGAACAACAGGGCCUGGACACCGUCUGUUCUUGCAGGCACCGGACCAAGGGUAGCUCAGGACAGCUUCAUGUACCGUACCGAGAACGGAGUCAAGUCGCUGCUGUUGGACGAUGACAACUGUGACUGUCUUACCUCAUUGAACAUUGGCCAUGGGAUGUGUCGUUAUAAGAUUAGUUGUCGUUGUAAGUUAUAAG